CUCCGUCUCAGGGAAAACUCCACCGCGUCGCAGGACAAUGACGUCUUCUCUUGGUGACGUGUCAGUUUGUUUACAGCGCCACAGCUGCACGGACAUGGCUGUGGAUAUAACUUUGCUCUUCAAAGCCAGUGUCAAAACGGUAAAAACCAGAAACAAGGCGAUAGGAAUAGGCUUUGAUUCUACCAAAGAUGAAAUUUUCAAGCGGAGCAGACCCAAGAGCGGCUUCUCUCCGAAGGCGAAGGAAGUGAUCACGAACAUCACCAAGCUCAAAGACUUUCUGCUACAACACAGGAAAGAUUAUGUGAGCGCCGGAAGUCUCAUCUCGUCAGAUCUUACCCGUAUGACGGACAGUGAACGAGAUCAGAUCGACCAGGACGCCCAGAUCUUCAUGAGGACCUGUUCUGAAGCCAUUAAGCAGCUGCGCAAUGAAGCGGAGAAGAAGGUGACAUCAGCCCAGAUAAAGGAACACAGAGGUGCAGUGCUGGACCUCAUUGAAAUGUAUCUGAAAGGGGUGUGUAAGCUGUACUCUGAGCAGAGAGCAAUCAGAGUCAAGAGAAUGGUGGACAAGAAGAGACUGUCCAGACUGGCACCAGAACCGCAAUACUACAGUCGGGUGGAGAAAACACAAGAGGUGGAGUCCAAUGAGGAGAAAUGUGUCAAGGAAGAAAGUUCUGAGAGGAAUGUGUCAGAGGUCCUGGACAACACUGUGGAACACCUGUGGGAGGAGGACCGAGUGGAGGACGAGCUCUCUCCUGAGGAGAUCCAGAUGUUUGAGCAGGAAAACCAGAGGCUGGUGAGUGAGAUGAACAGUCUGGUGGAUGAAGUGAGGCAAAUCGAGGGGAAGGUGGUGGAGAUCUCUCGACUUCAGGAGAUCUUUUCUGAGAAAGUCCUGCAACAAGAAACAGAGAUAGACGGUAUUCAUCAGCUGGUUGUGGGUGCUACAGAGAAUGUGAAAGAAGGCAAUGAGGAUAUACGAGAGGCCAUCAAAAACAACGCUGGCUUCCGGGUAUGGAUCCUCUUCUUCCUCGUCAUGUGCUCUUUCUCUCUCCUCUUCCUGGACUGGUAUGACAGCUAGCAUGGCAGCCAGCAUGGACUCUCUGUGACAGGAAACCGCCUGGCUCGGGCACAUAUUGGGUAUCUAAUAACAGAAGUGACACCAACACUGAGACUGAAUGAACAGUUUCCCUUGCUGGACCCGGUGGACAAGUUGUUCGUCAUGAAGAUUCUCGAUGCGAGUGGAGAUGGCAGUUUGUUCUUCCCUGAUCUUGACUAUCUGUUAAUCUUUCUCCAGUGCCUUUAGGGCAGCUUCACUGUUUAAAAGCAAUUCUGUCGAGUGGAGUUUUGUAAGGAGCGCUGUAUCCACUCUUAAGGGUGUGUAUGGUUGGACAGUCUGUCUUUCACUACCACUAAAUGGAUAGCUAAUGGUUUGAUUGGCUGAAACUAGUCUUGUCUAACUGAAUGAAAAAACAGGUUUUGCUUGAUCUGAUUUAGAACCAACUUUAAUGCACUAGAGGAUACUGUAUAGACUUGCAUCUUGUCCUUGUAGUCUCAUGUAUUUAAAUAAAUUCUAAACACGUGUA